GAAAGGGGAAUUUCCUCUAGUGAUGAGUAAUGGCGUGUUGUGCAAUGUACGUAGUUUCAUCAUACGGGGAAUUUAUCGAAAUGUAAUGGCAUUUAUGUGCAAUAAUUAUGUGCAAUGUGUUUUAAUCACAGAGCUGCUUUAAAAGAAAAGAAAACUAAGGGGACACAGAGCUAGCUAGUAGCAUUCAGCGUUUUGUGCCACCAUCAGCUAAUAACAGUCAUCGCAGGAAUUUCCUCUUCAAGUUCAAGAUUUGAUGAAUACCUGACAUCUUCUACUUAACACCCAUCAGCACUUCAUCAAGUAACCAGAAUGGCAUCAAAUAUAACAGCUCAAUCAGUGCUACAGACUAGCCUGGGUCAUCUGGAAUGCCCGAUUUGCAAAGAUCGCUUCAAGCAACCCAAACUACUAAAGUGUUGUCAUACAUUUUGUCUUGAAUGCCUCCAUCAACUCAUACAGAAUAAUCCAACUACAACACUUUCAUGUCCAGUGUGUCGACAAAAUACUUCGUUAAAGAAAAAUGGCACUGAUGGUCUGAAAACAAACAGUUUAGCCUUGUCUCUGUUAGAAGAUAUUGAAAAACAGGAAACCCAACUAGACGAACAGAACAGAAAACAACUACCUGACAAGGAGCUUGUUUUUAAAUGUAGCGAGCAUACUGACAACGAUCUUAACGUAUACUGCAACAAUUGCACGAAGUUGAUAUGCACAACUUGCAUUGCAAGCUCUCAUCGCUCCCAUUCCCUUAUGGAAGUUAAUGCAGUUUCAGCCAAUUAUAAAAAGCAAGCCACAAAACUAAUUGAAAGUAUAGCACAAGGUAUUGAAGUUUUCAGCGUCGCUAUUCAAGAAACAGAUAUCUCCAGAAAGAUAUUGGACUCGAUGUUUGCUGCCACCAAAGAGAAAAUCUCCAAGAAGGCUGACGAGGAGAAGGAGAAACUGAUUCAAGAGGCAGAACAGAUUUAUGAAGACAGAGUCAAGACAAUAGAAACUGCACGAGAUACAAACAGCAUGGAGAUGGACAAAGCAAAACACGAGAAGGAUGAAGUCAUCAAGAUGAUGGAUCAAGGGAGUUUUGAGAUUGUACAACAAAAAGAAAAGCUCUUCGAUGACCUCAGAGAAUAUAAACAGGUCAAGCCAACAAAAUUGCCAGUUGGGUUGACUUUUAUGGACUUUAAACAGAGCAAGAAACCGAUGGGGGAACUGGUGCUUAAAGAGGAACAACAAUUAGAAGCAAUUGCUUCAGCUUUGGCAAGAACGUACAGUAAAAUACAUCAACGUGUAAAAGCCAUCACCAAAACUAUUAAGUGGACUUUGACAUCAGAAAUGGGUGUGUACCUGAACCUGGACAAAUGGUCAAUGAAUCUCACUCCUCGUGACGUUGCUGUAUACUCCAAUGGUGAUAUUGUCACAGUGUCAAAUACAGACGGUUGCUUGGUUACAAUACAAUCAGCAGAGAGCAAUCCUCAAUCAACUGUCAUCCCUGAAGAACUACAAAUCCAAGGUCUAACAGAACCAAACAUGGUGACUGUGAACAAGAAUGAUGAGCUCAUUGUUCUAGAUGAUGACGGAACAGUCAAGAUUUUCAGCAGGGAUUAUCUGCUGCUCCGUGAGUUUACACCAGAGAGUAUCCCAUCACGUAUUGCAGUGGAUGAUGACAAUCUAAUAGCCAUGAUAGCAUUGGGUUAUUACCAGAAGCGAGAAAUCUUUCUAUACAACUCAGAUGGAUCCCUCAAAAGAACUUUGCCGGUUGAAGGGUUAGGUGUAUACUUGACUAUCUUCAAAGAACGACUUAUCUACACCAACGAGAAGGACAUGAAGUUAGUAUCAGUAGACUUCUAUGGUAAGGUGAUAUUCUCAGUAGAUAUCAAUCAGUCUGCUGGGUUGCCUCGUGGGUUGCCACGUAGUGUGUGUUGUGACAGGGAUGGGAGAAUCUAUGUUGCUGUAAGGAGAGGACUACAUUGUUCAUCAUCGGGUGACAUCGAUCAGUACAGUCAAGAUGGAAAGUACAUUGGAACCAUCAUCAAGGAUUGUAUGGAUCCACACUGUAUCACAUUUACACCAGCUGGUGAUCUGGUUGUGGCUGCAGGCACAUCGGUUCAAGUCUACCACCGUGGGUAAAGACAGAUACCAACAUUAGCAUUGGACCACAGGAAUCAGAGCAAGAAGAACGUUCUGAAAGUUGAAACUUCUUGAGAAGAUGCUAUUUAGCAAAAUCUGAUAUUUAAUAAAUGUUAAAUUUGCACGGGUGAUAAAGAAUAAUGAAUCUUGUUCUUUUACCCAUAUCACCGAUGUGUGUUAGCACUGUAUUAUCAGUACUCUGCCCGAGCUCUGUGGAAACAAAUCACAGGCAUAUAUACUCUCGGGUGUGAUUCGAACCCACGACCUUUGUAAAUCUAGAGCAGGUCAAAC